ACGGACUACCCAUAUUCAGGUUCAAAAUACAGAACAUGGCAAGUUUAGAAAGUGUUAACAAAUCUUAUUUAGAUCUCUAUAUUAUCUCUAUAUUUUAGCAAUGACAUAACCUAUCAGAACCAGGGUCAUAUGAAAGCAGCAAUCAACCCCCGACAACCCUGUCUUAAUGUCUAUUAUCUCAGCUUUCUCUCUCGAUUUCUGUUCUGCAUUCUACGUUGAAUAGAAGUUCUUACAAUGAAUCUACGAAUACUACUUGUUUAGAUCAUGAUACUGGGACCAAUCACUAUUGUGGAUUGCUUCGUCUUUGUAUUCCUACUUUUUCCUCAACAACUACUACACAAUGGACUCUUCGACCUAAUUACGUGCGGAUUGCGAACUCUUCCAUUUCUAUUCAUCAAGCUUCCCAUCUCUAUCGUCAAUGAUCGAUAUCUCCUCGGUCGUUUCACUACCAAACCCUUCGCCCGCAGAGCCACCCUCUUCGAGGAUGCUGUCGUUCGCUGCGUCCACUAUGGAUUUACUAAUAUCAAACCGCCAAUAGCCCGCAUCUUCUUCGUUAAGGGCGUUUCAUGGCCGUUUCUCAGGUAUCGCAUGCUCAGACAUGGAUAUCUCUUCCUCCCAGUGCAUUUGGAGGAUAUUGAACAGGAAAGUUUGAAAGGUGUAUGGAUGAUUGAUGAGCCUUCUCUAAAGCCAGACAUUGUGUUUUAUUUUGCGCAUGGUGGCGGAUUUAGCAUGGGCUCCGCUUACUUCUAUCUCGAGUUCCUCCUUGUUACCCUCGAGCUGCUCCGCUCCAAAUUCUCCAAUCCCGCUAUCUUCGCGUUGGACUACAGUCUCGCCCCUGAAAGCUCUUUUCCCUGCCAAGUUGAGCAAGCACUCGCUGGGUACAACUAUCUCAUCGCCACAAAGAAGGUUCCUCCUUCUCGCAUUUGCAUCGCCGGGGAUUCAGCAGGCGGAACAAUAAUGCUCAGCCUUCUCCUCCGCCUCGCUCGUCCCAACGUAAAUGGCCGAGUCUCCGGGGAGUUAAAUGGGAAUGCCAAAUCGGUCCGCGCUGGGAGCAACAAACCCGGGAUGGCUUGUCUCAUCUCGCCAUGGGCUACACUGGUGUCCCCAGCCCACUGCGACACCGAAAGCGACUACCUUGAUACCUUUCGGCUGCAUGUUUUCGCACACGGUUACGUAGGAAGGAAAGGCUCUGUCUACGAUCCGGUCGCCAGCCCAGGCAGUUGCAAAGAUGUAGACUGGUGGCGGCAAGCUGCUCCUCUGAGGGGGUUUGCCAUUUCGUAUGGCAGUGAGGAGGUGUUGGCGUCCGAUAUUCGCGACCUAGUGGAGUUAUUGCACAGUUCUGGUGUGAGGGUUGUGGCAGAUGAAGAUGAAGGUGGAGUGCAUGCGUGGCCUGUGGCAGGGCUCUUUUUAGGGAGCACGAAAGAAUCGAGGAUAAGGGGGGUCAGGAGAAUGGUAGAUCGAAUCGCGGGGUUGAUGGUGGAGGUAUAGCUUGAAAAAGCGUUUACCACGGCGUCAAUUCAUAUUUCACACACAUAUGUCCCAUAUUUUACCACUGCACCGGGUAGUCUUUCCAAAUUAUAUAACUUAGCGUUUACGAGCAUUUAAAGUGGACACAAAAAUAAAACGCA